GGGCGGUGGCGGCGGCGGCAAGUGCUCGGCGGCAAGGAUCGCUUUGGCCCAGCCCGGCCCGCACGGCGCUGGGCGCGGAGAACGGCCAUGCCGCCGCGGCGCAGCAUCGUGGAGGUGAAGGUGCUGGACGUGCAGAAGCGGCGCGUGCCCAACAAGCAUUAUGUCUACAUCAUCCGAGUCACGUGGUCCAGUGGCGCCACAGAGGCCAUCUACCGGCGCUACAGCAAGUUCUUUGACCUCCAGAUGCAGAUGUUGGACAAGUUCCCCAUGGAAGGAGGACAGAAGGACCCCAAACAGAGGAUCAUUCCAUUUCUGCCAGGCAAAAUCCUCUUCCGUCGCAGCCACAUCCGGGACGUAGCCGUCAAACGCCUGAUACCAAUUGAUGAGUAUUGUAAGGCCCUGAUCCAGCUGCCCCCUUACAUCUCUCAAUGUGAUGAGGUGCUGCAGUUUUUCGAGACAAGACCUGAGGACCUGAAUCCCCCCAAAGAGGAGCCUAUCGGGAAGAAGAAAUCAGGGAGUGACCCGACCUCAGUGGACCCUAUGGUCCUGGAGCAGUAUGUGGUGGUGGCAGACUAUCAGAAGCAGGAGAGCUCAGAGAUCAGCCUCAGUGUGGGCCAAGUAGUGGACAUCAUUGAGAAGAAUGAGUCAGGUUGGUGGUUCGUCAGCACUGCUGAGGAGCAGGGCUGGGUCCCUGCAACCUGCCUCGAAGGCCAGGAUGGCGUGCAAGAUGAGUUUUCCCUCCAGCCUGAGGAAGUUUCCUGGAGGUACUGCUCUCUGCCCCGGUCUGGGGGUCGCCGCCGGACUCUGGGGGACUUGUAUGCCAUCAGCUGGCGUCAAGAGGAGAAGUAUACAGUCAUCUACCCAUACACAGCUCGUGACCAGGAUGAAAUGAACCUAGAGCGAGGGGUCGUGGUGGAGGUCAUCCAGAAGAACCUGGAGGGCUGGUGGAAGAUCAGGUUCCAAGGCAAAGAGGGCUGGGCCCCUGCUUCCUACCUAAAGAAGAGCAGUGGGGAGCCCUUGCCCCAAAAGCUGGGCCCCAGCUCACCUGCUCACUCAGGGGCACUCGACCUGGAUGGUGUUUCCCGGCAGCAGAAUGCUAUGGGCAGGGAGAAGGAACCACUCAACAACCAGAGGGAUGGCCGGUUUGAAAGUCGCCUGGUGCCUGAUGGUGACGUUAAGCAGAGAUCACCAAAGAUGAGACAAAGACCCCCUCCUCGCCGGGACAUGACCAUUCCUCGAGGCCUCAACCUGCCGAAGCCUCCCAUCCCGCCCCAGGUGGAAGAAGAGUACUACACCAUUGCUGAAUUCCAGACCACCAUCCCGGAUGGCAUCAGCUUCCAGGCCGGCCUGAAGGUGGAGGUGAUUGAGAAGAGCCUAAGUGGUUGGUGGUACAUUCAGAUGGAAGAUAAGGAGGGAUGGGCCCCAGCGACCUUCAUUGACAAAUACAAGAAGACCAGCAGUGCCUCUCGGCCCAACUUCCUGGCCCCCUUGCCCCACGAGAUGACUCAGCUCCGGCUUGGGGAUGCAGCUGCAACAGAGAACAGUACAGGUCCAGAAGCCGUGGGGCCCUCCAGACCCCUGCCUGAGGCACCUCACGGUGCUGUGGACUCAGGGAUGCUCUGGUCCAAAGACUGGAAAGGAGGAAAGGGAACCCCAAGAAAGACAUCUACAGACCUGUCUGCAUCAACAGGAUAUGAGGAGAUCUCAGACCCCACACAGGAGGAGAAGCCCAGCCUCCCUCCACGCAAAGAGUCCAUCAUCAAGUCCGAAGAGGAGUUGCUGGAGAGGGAGAGACAGAAGAUGGAGCCGCUCCGGGGCUCCUCCCCCAAGCCCCCUGGCAUGAUUUUGCCGAUGAUUCCAGCCAAGCAUGCCCCGCUGGCCCGGGACAGCAGGAAACCAGAACCUAAACCCGACAAGAGCAAGUUCCCGCUGAGAAAUGAAAUGGGGUUAGAGUGUGGCCACAAGGUGCUGGCCAAGGAAGUGAAAAAGCCCAACCUCCGGCCCAUCUCCAGGUCUAAAGCCGAGCUACCCGAGGAGAAGGUGGAACCCACCCCCCAGAAUCUGUUCUUGAAGUCUAGACCUCAGGUUAGGCCCAAACCAACUCCUUCCCCCAAGACAGAGCCAGCUCAGGGUGAAGACCAUGUGGAUAUCUACAACCUCAGGAGCAAGCUCAGACCCGCCAAGUCUCAAGAGAAAGAUGGAGAAAGCCACCGUGCUGCUGGCGGCCAUGACACAGUGCUCAGCCGAAGCUUCCUUCCCGGGGAGGGAGCUGGCCGUGGCCAGGAUAGAUCUAGCAAACAGGAUGGGCUGAGUCCAAAGGAGACACCCUGCAGAGCCCCUCCCAGGCCAGCCAAGACCACAGACCCUGGGCCCAAGAACGUGCCUGUGCCUGUCCAAGAAGCAACCCAGCAAAGACCUGUGGUCCCACCUCGGAGACCCCCACCCCCCAAGAAAACCUCCUCAUCACCACUGUCGUGCAGGCCCCUCCCAGAGGUCAGAGGGCCACAGCGUGAAGAAAGCAGAGCUGUUCCUGCUGCAGGCCGGGCCCUCCUUGUCCCUCCGAAAGCCAAACCCUUCCUAUCCAAUUCCUCAGUGGGCCAAGAUGACAUGCGAGGCAAAGGUGGGCUGGGGCCACGCAUCGCGGGCAGGGUGGGAGAAACCAGAGAGAAGGCAGCUUCCUUCCUUAAUGCCGAUGGCCCAAAGGACUCACUGUACGUGGCUGUGGCCAACUUUGAAGGAGACGAAGACACCAGCAGCUUCCAGGAAGGGACGGUGUUCGAAGUCCGGGAGAAGAACAGCAGUGGCUGGUGGUUCUGCCAGGUCCUCAGUGGGGCUCCUUCCUGGGAAGGCUGGAUUCCUUCCAACUACCUCCGGAAGAAACCCUAGCCUCCCUACCCUGCCCGGAGACCCGCUGCCCCUGCCAGCGUCCCCCACGUAUUUAAUACGCAUCUUAAUUUAUCAAGGAAGGUGGCCACUGGGGUUCUGUGGCUCCUUCCCUCCCAGGGUGGAGAAUGCUUGGUGCAGAGAUGUCCUGCAGCCUGGGGUCUGGUUCUCCUGUUGUGGCCUAUCCAGAAGUCUCAAAAGCCACAGCCUUCGCUAGGUAGAAACCAUGUUACUGUCCUUGUCUGUAGUAGAACCCAUCCUCUAGACAACAUCAUGUCAUCCAGAAGCAGGACAGUGACACUCACAGACCUCUGGAACUGACAUCGGUCACCUAGAGAACUUCCAGACCACACCUCGGUGCUCAGUGGUGGCACAGAAGGAUGGCCCCACAGCCUGUGACAACUCGCUCUAAUUUCUCCAUGUUACUAGAAGCCCAUUAAUGGCAUUGUUCACUGUUCGCAGAAUACCUGGUGCCAGGAAAAACCGAGUCCCGAAAGGAUCAGCUUCUGGGCUUUCUGCUUCUGAGUUCUGAGCAGAUGCAGCUGCCCCGAAGUGGUCCUAGAGAUUCACUCGGUUGUCCUGCCUCGGACUGUGAUCAGUCCUAAAGGAGCAUGCUUCACUUCACUGCUAAAGCCUCUGGUCCAUCCAGGGCUUUUAAACUCCAAUUCCUGCCCACCUCCCACAAUCCCUAGAACAAGACUCUCCAUGUUUGUUUAAGUAAGGGGCCAGCCCUUCACAAGGCACAUGGUCCGUGAAUGCUUCUUUGCCCAGUAGGUGCCAAACUGCCAUUGGCCUUCUUCCUUCAUGUUCUAACCAUCAACCAGCCUCCCCUGUUCUAUUGCACCCAUUUUCUAGAUGAGGAAACUGAGGCUCCACAGGCCCCAGGACAUGCUAGCUGGGAAGUGGCUGGAGGAAGCUUGAGUCCGGGCCUGCCUGAUCCCAGUACCCAUGCUCUUCUCCCUGCAAGAACAACCAGUGAGGGAAGUGAGGGAAGUUGACCCUGUGUGUGGAAGAGGAAUAAAGGAAGCUGAGGCACUGUCCCUCGGUGGCUUGAAGGAGACUCUGGUGGCUAAGGACCAGCAACUGGGUCUGUGCCAAACUAAGGACAGUAGUAGCCAAGGGCCUGCAGUCUCCUGCCCCAGCAGCUGCUGCUUCCUGUAGAACAGUUUGCUUUUUAGCAUGCUCUUUCCCUGGGAGAAGCCCAGGGUAGCUCUUCCCUAUGUUGACCAAUAGACAACUAAGGCUUCGAGUGGUCCACUUAGUCAGGACCCAGAUUUCUAGCUCCCAGCCCAGACCAACUUGUACCUGUGAGUAGGCUUCCUGUGAAAGAGGGGUGGAGUUGGGAGGGCAGAGCUCCAUCCCAUCCCACAGUCCCGGAGGAAGAAACAGCCCUGUCCUGUUCUAUGCUCCCCCCCACCCCGGGUUCAUUUUUCCUGUGGUUUGUGAACCACGAAGCCCCCUUUUCCCAAGAUGCUUUGCAACUUACUUGCAGUGCCAAAGAUUUUGCGCAGACGGAUCCCUUCUGCACCCCACCCCUUCCCAGCCCUCUCUGCUUUCCUCUGACCCACCUGGCGAGGUCACUCUCUUUCUCUGCUCAGCCUGCAGUCUUGGGCCGGGGUAGCAGGCUCCUGAAGGAUGUUCCUGCUUAGUCUGCGCCCUGGGCCUCAGGGGAAAGCGGCAGUUAGGGAAAGGGGAGGCUGAGUGGGUCUUCAGCUCUGGAGCAGCACUUGAGAGCCUCCUGCUUCGCUUCUCUCCCACAUCGCUUCUCGGCCUUUUGGCUAAGAUCAAGUGUUGAGAGCCUCGUGCACACACCCACACUGUGCAGGAAGCUUCAUAGCUUUUUUUUUUUUUUUUUUUGGUGGUGGUGGUGGUUUUUGAGUUUCGACACCUUCACUUGAACAGCUUUCUGAAGCUGUUUUACAGGCCUUUGAAGAGGCAAAGGGGGUUUAGUUGUUGUUGUUGCUGUUUUGUUUUGUUUUGUUUAUCUUGUUUGCACUUGGCUCUCUGUAACCGUCUCAAGAAUUUACAAGUCCCUUCUAUGCCAGAUGCUGGGUAGAACAGGGAGUGGGAGGGGCAUCACCCUGCGCUGAAGAAGUAUGCUUUGCCUACUAGCUCCACAGGAGAAGUCAUCUAUCUGCCUCCUUCCCUCCUCUCUGGGGUCGGCUGAGGCGGAGCCUUCCUGUGGGCAAGGAGAGAGUUUGCCUUUUGUCCUAUCCUCGUGCUGACAUGAACAUGUGUGCCGGAUUCCCUCUCUGUUCACUGUCCUUUCCUUGGGUUCCAUGCACAGCCUGAAGAUUUCUGUGGCAAGCUCCAUCGGCCAUAGCGCUUAGCACUGCCCUGGACAACUGGAAGCGAGUGGGUCUGCAGAGCCAAGUCACUCACCCAGUUUCCCUUGCCUGGGACUUAGCUUUUUGACAUCCAGGACUGUGGUCACUCCUCUAGGGGUGGAGCAUAUGCCAGUCUCCCCUCCAUCCCUGCCUUAGAAAACCCCCAAGGCCACGGUAGCAACGUCGGGGCCAAUCACAGAUCAGAUCACCAAUACAAACUUGUGCCCCUCCCCCACAACUCUGUUGAUGUGAUGGCAAGGACCACACCAAUACUUAAUGGGAAAGUUAAGGUGUGGCCACUGGUAAAGAAAUGUUACAAUCCUUGCAGGCAAUCAAGUGACCCAGUAUCUGAAUUUAGGUGUCUCUCCCAUAAUCCCCUGGCCAAACAUUGGUCAUAGGCCAGAUGGCCCCUUUUGGUUGGGCCCUGCUCUCUGACCCCUGGAAACCUGGGCUUGAAAACAGCCACUUGCUAGAUGGAGAUUUUGGUUUUAUUUUCUGACUAGAGUCACUCUUCACCAUUACCAUGGCCCCAGGCUGAGGCCAGGGGAGAUCUGUGCUACAACUACUUCAUAUCCUGCCAGGAAAUGGCCAGAGCCAUACCAAGCGCUCACAGUCUUUUUUUUUUUUUUUUUUUUUUUUUUGAGCCACUGACACCAGACUGCCCCAUAGAGUUGAUUUCUGUGGCACAGUUCCUGACCUUAAACUGUUUUUGAACCCACUGGGGACUUGGGGGGUGGGUGGAAAGUGGGGACACAUGUGCUUCAGUAAAGAACAGGUGCCAAAUCUCCACCAAGAACUUAGGACAGUUUAGUAUUUAUCACCAAAUUCCUGCCCUUAGUGAGAGGAAGAAACGGCCCCUACCAUCUACGAAGAGCAAGCUGGAGGUGUAGUGCAGCCAGAAAGCACUGGCUUGCAUGCAUGGGGCCCCAGGCUCCACCCCCAGCGUCACAGAUAAACAAGAGCCUUAAUGGCUUAGCUCCUGUCCUUCCAUGAGCCCAGGGCUCUUUGGUGUCGACAUAGUCUGUACCCUGGGAAGCCUCGCCAUUUCUUUGAACAGUGUAGCCAUCUCGGCCCCUUCACUGGCUAUCUAAACUUUCCUUCAGGGUUUUCCCUGGAUACUACAGACAGCCAUAUCCUACCACAGACCAAAGAUUCCCCAAAGUCCGAGGGGCAUGGACUGAACAGGUAGGAAAUUCAUUUUUAUGGAGGCCCAAGGAUUUGCCUUUGCCUGGAAGAAUGACUCCUAAUUUGCUAAGGUUCUAGCAGCAGGACUGACCUAACCCCAAGCAGAGCUGUACAGUUAAGACAAUGGUUCAUACUCCCCACCUGCUGAACAACUGUCCCACAGACCAGGCCUCCCUGCUCUGGGGAGCGAUACUGGUCCCCGGUGCUAUCUAGUUGAGGUACCAAGCCCCUCAUAUGUGAGGGUUCCAUCUUCUCCCCUGUCCCUGUACUCCUCCGCCAAGUAAGCCCCCUUAGGUCCCAUCAGAAUGAGGGCUUAGCUUCUGUCCUUCAAAAGACCAGACCCGGUGCCAUCGCCAGUGGCCUUCCCUCUCACAUCUGUGCUUUUAAGAGCAAAGGUGCCCCACCAGGCUUACUACAGCAAUAAACAAUUCUGAUGCAACGGA